UCAUUCUUGGGCAUGCAAGCAUCAGUUACUUAUCUCAAACUCAGUCCUUUUCAGAGUCUGUUGUCUAUAUCCACAUCUCCUCAAUCCCCCCCAUCAAUGAUCAGUUGUACUCGGGACAAAUCACCCACCUAAACCCUCCCACGUUAUUAAUUCUUCUCUCUUUCAGUUGGAAUCCCACCACCAUCAUGAGCCACCUUUUCCGGCGCCGGACCUCAAUCAACAAACGGUGGUUCUUCAAUGGCGUCAACAAAGUUGAGCAGCCAUCAGAGAAUUCCCGGCGUUUCUGUGAAUUGCCGGAAAAUCCUGAAGCUUUUUCAUGGAAAUCGAUGAAGGGUCUUGUCAGGUGCCCGGCAAAUUAUGCCCCUUUAUCGCCCAUAAGCUUUCUAGAGAGAGCUUCCAAGGUUUAUAGAGAUAGAACUUCUGUUGUCUACGGUUCUUUGAAGUUCACUUGGAAAGAGACUUUUGUUAGGUGUGUUAAGCUGGCUUCUGCCUUGGCCCAGUUGGGGAUUUCCCGUGGCGAUGUGGUAGCAACUCUGGCUCCUAACGUUCCGGCAAUGCAAGAAGUGCAUUUUGCAGUGCCGAUGACUGGAGCAGUUCUUUGCACAAUGAACACACGCCAGGAUUCAACUAUGAUCUCAGUCCUGCUUCGGCAUUCAGAAGCUAAGAUCAUUUUCGUAGACUACCAGUUGCUUCAUGUGGCCCAAGGAGCAUUCGAUCUCCUCGCAGAAAACAACGUCAAACCACCAAUUCUUGUCCAAAUUCCUGAACACAACACCACCCUUCCUCCUGGUUCUGUUUCCAAUACCUAUGAGUAUGAGAGUUUUCUCGCCAGUGGAGAUGCUGAAUUUGUCCUCAUGCGGCCAAUAACUGAAUGGGAUCCUAUCAGCAUUAACUAUACGUCUGGCACGACGUCCAGGCCCAAAGGGGUGGUUUAUAACCACCGUGGCGCUUAUCUCAACGCCCUAGCAACGAUGUCUCUUCAUGGAAUGAUCUCAUUGCCCGUCUACCUCUGGACAGUCCCAAUGUUUCACUGCAAUGGGUGGUGCCUGAUAUGGGGCUUGGCAGCUUUGGGUGGCACAAAUGUCUGCCUCAGACACGUCUCCCCUAAGGAAAUAUUUGAUAACAUUGUACUUAAUCAGGUCACCCAUAUGGGAGGAGCUCCGACUGUCUUAAACAUGAUUGUGAACUCAAGCGACCGAAGGCUACUUCCUCACAGAGUCGAGAUAAUGACUGGCGGUGCACCACCACCACCGUCAAUCCUGUCCAAGAUCGAGGAGCUUGGUUUCAGGGUUUCACACUUGUACGGGCUUACGGAGACAUACGGGCCAGGCACAUCGUGCGUGUGGAGGCCCGAAUGGGAUUCUUUGCCUCGUGAAGAACAGCUAAGGCUAAAAGCAAGACAAGGAGUGGAGCAUUAUGGGCUAGAGGAAGUUGAUGUAAGAGACUCUGUAACCAUGAAGAGUGUACCAGCAGAUGGUACGACACUAGGUGAGAUUAUGUUUAGAGGGAACACUGUGAUGAGUGGAUAUUUGAAAGAUGAAAAAGCCACAGAAGAGGCUUUUGCAGGUGGAUGGUUCAGAAGUGGUGAUCUUGCUGUAAAACAUGAGGAUGGUUAUAUAGAAGUGAAAGAUAGAUUGAAAGAUAUUGUGAUCUCUGGUGGGGAGAAUAUAAGCACUGUUGAAGUAGAGACGGUCUUGUAUCGUCACCCAGCCAUUCUUGAGGCUGCCGUUGUGGCAAGACCCGACAAUCACUGGGGGCAGACACCUUGUGCAUUUGUAAAGUUGAAGGAAGGAUUUGAGGUUAGUUCUCAAGAGAUAAUAGACUUCUGUAGAGAUCAAUUGCCCCAUUAUAUGGCACCUCGGACCGUAAUUUUUGAAGAGUUGCCGAAAACAUCAACUGGUAAGAUUCAGAAGUUCAUCCUCAGAGAGAAAGCUAAGGCCCUGGGCAGUCUUUCCUGAGCUACGAAUUGCUACUAUUAUCUGACUGAGUACUGCAGAUCUUCUACUUCAAAUCAGUAUUGCAAUUUGUAUUCCACUAUUUACCUAUACAGGCCAAAUGUAUAAACUAACAUCGCGUAUAUAUUUAAAAGGACUGUAACUAAGUCUUCCAAGUUU